CAGAACGAGAUUGUGUGAUUUGUGUCGCAGCUUUCUGACGUAUACUGAGACAGAUCCAAAACGCACUACACUCGUUACACGCUCUGAAAAUCUAUUUCAUUAUUUGAUUUUUACAAACUGUUUUUGUAGGUAUUCAAAAUGGGACGCGAGUCAAGACAUUACAGGAAACGCUCAGCGUCUCGGGGAAGGUCCGGUAGCCGCUCUAAGAGUCGCUCUCCGGAAAAGCGCUCCAAGAAAGACGACCGGGACCGGAGUCGGAGGGAAAGGUCACGCAGUCGGGACCGCCGCCGCUCACGCUCCCGAGACAGAAAACGAGCAAGGCGAUCCAGGAGUAGGGACAGGAGAUGGUCCAGAAGCAGAGAGAGACGAAGGUCCAGAAGCAGAGACAGGCGAAGGUCGAGAUCCAGCAGCCCCAGCAAGAGCAGAAAAACUGAUGAAAAACCAAGGAGUAAGGAGAAAGACAAUGUGGAACCAGUAUCAGAAAAGAAGAAGCUCAAAGAAGAGAAAGAAGAUGAAAAAGUUGAGGAUCAAGACUUUGACCAGAACAAGUUGGAGGAGGAGAUGAGAAAGAGGAAGGAGAGAGUUGAAAAGUGGAGGGAGGAGCAAAGAAAAAAGGCCAUUGAAAACAUUGGUGAAAUCAAGAAAGAACUGGAGGAGAUGAAGCAGGGCAAGAAGUGGAGUCUGGAGGACGAUGAGGAUGACGAUGACGAGGGUUCAGCACCAAUGGAGGAAGAUGAAGACGAAGAUGGGGAGGGUAAACCAGAGGGGAAAGAUAAUGAAAUAAAAGAAAAUAAAAAAGAGGAAGGUGAGAAGACAGAAACUCCCGUGGAGCAAGAGGCUGAGGAAGAUGACAUUGAUCCUCUGGAUGCUUACAUGGAAGAGGUGAAACAGGAAGUGAAGAAGUUCAACAUGGGAGGAGUAAAAGGAAAUGAUAAGAAGGGGGCAAUGAUGGUGACCAAAGUAGUGACUGUUGUUAAAACUAAGAAAGGACCACACACUCACAAGAAGGGUGAGCUGAUGGAGAAUGACCAGGAUGCCAUGGAGUACUCAUCAGAGGAGGAAGAGGUGGAUUUACAAACGGCUCUGACAGGUUUCCAGACCAAACAGAGGAAGGUCCUGGAGCCUGUUGACCAUGACAAGAUCCAAUACGAGUCCUACCGCAAGAACUUCUAUGUGGAGGUACCAGAGCUCGCUAAGAUGACACCCGAAGAAGUCAAUGUGUACAGGUUGGAGCUGGAAGGCAUUUCAGUAAAAGGGAAGGGUUGCCCCAAACCCAUCAAGACCUGGGUGCAGUGUGGGGUCUCUAUGAAAAUCCUCAAUGCGUUAAAGAAGCACGGCUAUGAGAAGCCAACCCCGAUUCAGACCCAGGCUAUUCCUGCCAUCAUGUCUGGCAGAGAUCUUAUUGGCAUCGCCAAGACAGGCAGUGGAAAAACUAUCGCCUUCUUGUUGCCCAUGUUCCGACACAUUAUGGAUCAGAGGCCUUUGGAGGAAUCUGAGGGGCCAAUCUCUGUCAUCAUGACUCCGACAAGAGAGUUAGCUCUGCAGAUCACAAAGGAGUGUAAGAAGUUCUCCAAACCCCUCGGACUCAGAGUGGUUUGUGUGUACGGUGGCACUGGUAUCAGUGAGCAGAUUGCUGAGCUGAAGAGAGGAGCAGAGAUCAUCGUCUGCACCCCCGGAAGAAUGAUUGACAUGUUGGGGGCCAACAGUGGUCGAGUCACCAACCUGCGCAGAGUGACAUAUGUUGUACUGGAUGAAGCAGACAGGAUGUUUGACAUGGGCUUUGAGCCACAGGUGAUGCGUAUCGUGGACAACGUGCGACCUGACCGUCAGACCGUCAUGUUUUCAGCCACCUUCCCCAGAGCCAUGGAGGCUCUUGCUCGUAGGAUUCUUGCUAAGCCGAUUGAAGUCCAGGUCGGAGGACGCAGUGUCGUCUGCUCUGAUGUGGAGCAACAUGUGCUGGUGAUCGAAGAGGAGAAGAAGUUCCUAAAGCUGCUGGAGAUUCUGGGUCACUACCAGGAGAAGGGUUCAGUUAUCAUCUUUGUGGAUAAACAGGAGCACGCCGACAAACUGCUGAAAGACCUGAUGAAGGCUUCAUAUCCAUGCAUGUCACUGCACGGAGGAAUUGACCAGUAUGACAGAGACAGCAUCAUCAAUGACUUCAAGAGCGGCGCCUGUCGUCUGAUGGUGGCUACAUCUGUAGCUGCCAGAGGUCUGGAUGUUAAGCAGCUGAUCCUGGUGGUCAACUACAACUGUCCCAACCACUAUGAAGACUACGUCCACAGGGCGGGACGUACAGGCCGAGCUGGCAACAAGGGAUACGCUUACACCUUCAUAACAGACGACCAGGUUCGUUACGCUGGUGACAUCAUCAAAGCUUUGGAGCUCUCUGGUUCUCCUGUCCCACAGGAGCUGGAGCAGCUUUGGGCCUCCUUCAAAGACCAGCAGAAAGCGGAGGGUAAGACCAUCAAAAGCAGCAGUGGCUUCUCGGGGAAAGGCUUCAAGUUUGAUGAGACAGAGCACGCCCUGGCCAAUGAGAGGAAGAAGCUACAGAAAGCUGCUCUGGGUCUGCAGGACUCUGACGAUGAGGAUGGAGCGCUGGAUAUUGAAGAGCAAAUCGAGAGCAUGUUCAACUCCAAGAAGAGGGUGAAGGAUCUGUCUGCCGCCGGGGCAGCAGCAGGUGCUGCAGGUGCAGUUUCUUCCACAGCAGCUGUCUCAGCAGGCGGUCUGCCAGGCCUUGGGCCCACAUCUGCUGGAAACAUCCAGAAACUGGAGAUGGCCAAGAGACUAGCGCUCAAGAUCAACGCUCAGAAAAACCUGGGAGCUGAGGCUCAGGAUGUGAUGCAACAGGCCACAAACGCCAUCCUGCGUGGCGGCACCAUCAUGACACCCUCGGUCUCUGCUAAGACCAUUGCAGAGCAGCUGGCUGAAAAGAUCAAUGCCAAGCUGAACUACACCCCUGUAGAGAAGCUGGAGGAGGAGCGACAGGCGGCAGAACAAUCAGAAACAGUCAGAAGAUAUGAAGAGGAGCUGGAGAUCAAUGACUUCCCUCAGACCGCUAGGUGGAAGGUGACGUCUAAAGAAGCUCUGCAGAGGAUUGGUGAAUACUCUGAAGCUGCCAUCACCAUCAGAGGAACCUAUUUCCCUCCAGGCAAGGAGCCCAAAGAAGGAGAACGCAAGAUCUACCUGGCUAUAGAGAGUGCUAAUGAAUUAGCUGUGCAGAAAGCUAAGACAGAGAUUACGCGGUUAAUCAAGGAAGAACUCAUCCGAUUACAAAAUUCCUACCAGCCAACAAGCAAAGGCCGGUACAAAGUGCUGUAGAGAAGAAUCGUCGGCGUCUUGGAGCAGUUUUCAUUGUCAUGCUGUUGGUUGAAAAUGGUUUUAGUCUAUAUUUUUAUUAAUGGACACUUCAGCAACCUGUGUUCAGUCUUUAUUUUUGGUUCGAUUCCUCCCCUUUAUGCUUUACCCUUUUUUGUACAGUAUGGAUAAAAAAUACUAAAAAUCAACAAAACUCGAGACUAUACAUUCAGUAAAAUACAUGUUACAUCAAA